AGUAACAUCGACUGGCCCAAAGUAGUCACGUGACAGGCACACUGGUUGCGAGACAAGAUGGCAGCCUUGGCUGAGAGAAACGUGGAGUGGAGCUUCACUGUUUUGGAAGCCUAAUUAUUUCCACGAAAUAAUGCUGACACCACGGAACAUCCAGCCUCCUAGAAUCCCCGAUAGUCUGCCGAAAAUCCCAGACUAUGAUUUUGGCGCCGCUCGCCGGCGCGUCAUGGACAAAGACAGUGAAGAACACAAUGCUAAUCAGCACCACAACAGCGCCGGUAUCGCAACCAAUCUGCUCGAGUUGGCAGCGGCAACCAUUUCGGAAGAGCUCGAGUACGAGUACGAGGGCCUGCCGGAAACCACCACGCUAACCACUCACCUGAUGGCCGGUGCGAUAGCCGGGAUCAUGGAGCAUUGUGUUAUGUAUCCAGUGGAUAGUGUUAAAACGAGAAUGCAAACUAUACGACCGUCACCAAACGGCAGGUAUAAGAACGUUUUUAGCGGCCUGGCCACCAUCGUGCGCAACGAGGGGCCGUUUGGUGUGGUCCGAGGGCUCAACGCGGUGGCCCUUGGGGCGGGGCCGGCCCACGCUUUGUACUUCGCCUGCUACGAGAAGAUGAAGCACAUGCUGAGCACCCGACCCGGACAGAAUCCACUCGCCAACGCUUGUGCGGGGAGCCUGGCGACACUGCUACACGACGCUGCCAUGAAUCCAGUAGAAGUGAUCAAGCAACGCAUGCAAAUGUUCAAAAGCCCCUACAAGAACGUGACUGAGUGCGUUCGGACCAUAGUCAGGACAGAGGGCAUGCAUGCAUUCUACCGCAGCUACACCACGCAGCUGACCAUGAACAUACCCUUCCAGAGCAUUCACUUCGUCACCUACGAGCUCGGGCAGGAGACGCUCAACCCAGCGCGGGAGUACAACCCGACCAGUCACAUGGUCUCGGGGGGUGUGGCUGGAGCCGUGGCGGCCGCCGUCACGACCCCGCUGGACGUCUGCAAGACCUUACUCAACACGCAGGAGAAAGGAGUGCUGAACUGCGGCGGCAAGCACAGGACAGAAAUCAAAGGCAUGGUCAAUGCCUUCCGGACGGUCUACCGCAUGAACGGGGUCAGGGGUUACUUCAAGGGCCUCCACGCCCGCGUCAUCUUUCAGGUGCCCGCCACGGCCUUAUCUUGGUCCGUCUACGAGUUCUUCAAAUACUUCAUCACCAUGUCGAGGGCACAAUCAUCAUGAUCUCUUCACCGAUCAGAUGCUAUUUGAAACGCACACAAAAAGGCGCACAAAUUAGAUUUUCCAGAAAAUAUUGGGUAAACACCUGAAAAGAACGUUUUUUAUAUAAUUCUAUUAAAUUAGGUGAAAAUAUAUUGAAAAUUUAAAUGUAGAACUGACAAGUAGGCUUAUUAGGAGCUUCUGACAAUGUAGAGUAUUUCCCAGGUUGAGUACUUUGUGUACAGCAGUAUUUUCUGAACACCAUACUUUUUUUUCUAUGAGCAGAGGACUUUGAAUUGAAAAAAACAAUUUUGCAGUUGGAACGGAAGUUAGUGAGAGAUGAAGAUUGUGUAACAGAUAUUUGUCAUAUUUUGUUGUUUUGGGGAACGAAUCUGAUUGGAAAGCAUCAUUGACUGAUUCAAACACUGCCAAUAAGAAAAACAACAAUCAGGGUGACCUUAAGGUCAUGGCAAAAUUCUGCUAAAUGUGCUUCAAAAAUCUGUCAGAUUUAUCAAAAAUCUUGCAAAUUCCCCAGAAUUACUCAAAAUACACUAU